AUGUCAGAAAGUACUCUGAAAGAGCUGGAUUCGGACCGCUACUACCUCAAUUUGUUAUGCAAUCUGGCCACCGGCUCGUUAGGAAUAAAGGGCAGCCCAAUGCAUGAUCCAGCCUCCUCUAAAUCAGCACAAAUCUCCUCACAUGACAACGCCUGUGCAUGCAUCACCAGCCGUCCGGCCAUCAUUUUGGCCAGCUACUUCGUCGUCCGAGUCAUCCGGGCCUUGGCCGCGGCCGGCUAG